AUGGGAAACUCUAUAGAGUUAGCAAAGAUUCUCUGGAGGGUGAUAGGGAAUAACGGAGUAGGCAUCUUAGUUGAUAGGGUUAUAAGGGAGCUAGUAGUUGAGGUAGGUUUAGAUGAGGAGGUUAAAAGACGAUUUUGGGAGGAUUUGGAUGGGUUGUUGCGGGGUAUACCGUCCACCAAGAAUUUUAUUAUAGGAGGAGAUUUUAACGGUCAUAUUGGGAGGUUUCCUGGGAGGUAUGACGGUGUGCAUGGUGGCUUCGGUUUUGGAGAUGGAAACGGAGGAGGUACUUCAUUACUGGAGUACGCUAAAGAUUUUGAUCUAGUGAUUGCUAACUCGUAUUACCCGAAGAAGGCGGAUCACCUGAUAACUUUCUGGAGUAUAGUGUCCAAGACCCAGAUUGAUUAUCUACUUCUCAGAAAAUGUGAUAAAGGUUUAUGCAUGGAUUGCAAGAUCAUCCCGAGUGAGAAUCUUACGACCCAGCAUAUGUUUUGGUUAUGGACUUAA